AUGUCUGAAACCAAUAAAGAUAUUCCAAACUUGGCAGCCGGUGCUGUGCUUGUGAAAUCUGUCCCGGUUCCGGAGGAUUUUGAGGAAUGUAAAGGGAUCGAUUACUCUAAAGAUUCUUCAUAUGACAUCUCCGCCUCAGAACUUGUUGCCAACAUGAAAACCAUGGGUUUCCAAGGGUCUGCUUUGGGAAGAGCCUGUGAAAUCAUCAACAAAAUGCGCUCCUGGAGGGGUAAGCACAAGUCAGAACUCGAAGAUCAUGAAAUCAAAGGCAGUUUUGACGAUAAUGGAUACCAAAAGACUACCAUCUUUUUAGGAUACACUUCUAAUUUGAUUUCUUCUGGUUUGAGAGAAACUAUUAGAUUCUUAGUGCAACACAACUUUGUCAGUGCCCUUGUUUCUAGUGCUGGUGGUAUUGAAGAAGAUCUUAUUAAAUGUCUUGCCCCAACCUAUUUGGGUGACUUUGCCCUUCCAGGUGCCAAACUUAGAGCCGAAGGGAUGAACAGAAUUGGUAAUUUGUUGGUUCCAAAUGACAACUACUGUAAAUUCGAGGAAUGGAUCGUUCCUAUUUUGGAUACCAUGUUGGAAGAACAAGAAGCCGCUGCUGCAAAGGCUAAGGAUAGUCCUUUUGAUUCUGAUUCAUUUGUUUGGACCCCUUCAACAUUUAUUGACAGAUUGGGAAAGGAAAUCAAUGACGAAUCCUCAGUUCUUUAUUGGGCUCACAAAAAUAAGAUCCCUGUGUUCUGUCCAUCAUUGACCGAUGGUUCCAUCGGGGACAUGUUGUUCUUCCACACUUUUAAAGCCUCUCCAAAACAACUUCGUGUUGAUUUGGUCGCCGAUAUCAGAAAGAUCAAUUCCUUAUCCAUGGAAGCCUCUCAUGCUGGUAUGAUAAUCUUGGGUGGUGGUUUAAUUAAGCACCAUAUUGCUAAUGCUUGUCUCAUGAGAAAUGGUGCUGAUUUCGCUGUUUACAUCAAUACUGGUCAAGAAUUUGAUGGUUGUGAUGCUGGUGCCAGACCUGACGAAGCUGUCUCUUGGGGUAAGAUUAAGGCUGAAGCUCCAAGCGUCAAGGUUUAUGCUGAUGCCACCUUGGUCUUCCCAUUGAUUGUCGGUGCCACUUUUGCUAAAGAAAGACCAGCCAAAUAA